CUCUGACCUUAAUCUAGUUUGUCCCCAUACGUAAGGUAGGUAUGAAUAUUGCGUCUCCUCUCGUACUCGUACCCGGUAAUAGCAGCAACUCCUUCGCUCAUUCGCCCACCCGACCGAGACCGAGGUUGCAGAUAUACAGUGCCGGAUCCAAGGAUAAAAAUAAGAUCCUCCAUGGGGUAGUAUGAAACAACUUUGCCCCGCCAGAAACAAACCACAACCUGCCUUCUCACGCAGCGAGAGAAUUGAGCGAGAUACAUCGUUCAAAACCGCCAAACAUGGCACUUUUACACCUCAACAUAGGCCAAAUCAUCGGUCUGGGCCUGGCGCCGCUCACCCUGUACAUAACAUGGCACAUCCUCUACAACCUCUUCUUCCACCCCCUCCGGGGCUACCCGGGCCCCGUCUUCAUGCGCGCCACGCGCUGGGGGUACAACCUCAGACUCCUGUCCGGCACGCUGCCCUUCGACAUGCUGGCGCUGCACAAGCGGUACGGCCCCGUGGUGCGCGUCGCGCCCGACGAGCUGGCCUUCUCGGACCCGCAGGCGUGGAAGGAUAUUAUGGGCCACCGCGGCAGCGGCAGCGGAAUUGAGACAGGGGCGGGGUCGUCGGCGGCGGAGAUGGAGAAGUGGGACAAGUUCUAUUUACCCAUUGAGGGCAUCCCGAGGGAUAUCGUCAAUGCCGGCAGGGAGGAGCAUGCGCUGCUGAGGCGGACGAUGGCGCACGGGUUCAGUGAUCGUAGCAUGAGGGAGCAGCAGCCGUUGAUUAAGGGGUCCAUUGAUUUGUUGAUCAGAAGGCUGCGGGAGAGGGCGGAAGACGGGAAAGUGGCGGUGGAUAUGGUGGCGUGGUAUAAUUAUACCACGUUCGAUGUGAUUGGGGACUUGGCGUUCGGGGAAAGCUUUGGGUGUCUGGAUAACGCGGACUAUCACCCGUGGGUCAAGUCGAUCUUCGAACUUGCGCGCGGGGGCACCGUGUUUCAGAGUUUGGCCCACUAUCCCAUUCUUAUGAAGUUGCUGCUUGCUCUUAUCCCGGCCAAGUUCCUGGAGGAACGCGAGAGGCACAUGCAGAUGACGCUCGCGAAGCUGAAGAGGCGGAUGGAGGCCGGGAAAGAGCGGGCGGACUUGGUUGAAGGACUGCUCAAGCGGGCGGAUGAAUGGGGGCUCACUCUCGAGAAGCUUCAAGUUAACAGCUCGAUUCUCAUCAUUGGCGGAUCUGAGACCACAGCAACCCUGCUCUCAGGGGUGACCUUCUUGCUCUUGACGAACUCUGAAGUGGUGAAGAAACUCACCGGCGAGAUCCGCGGGGCAUUCAAAUCCGAAGACGAGAUUAACUUUGUCAGUGUCAGCACGCUUCCUUACCUCUUAGCAUGCCUGGACGAGGCAUUGCGCAUCUAUCCCCCCGUGCCGACCGGCCUGCCACGUGUUGUGCCUAAAGGAGGCGCGAGAAUUUGUGGCAAUUAUGUACCGGAAAAGACUGUCGUGGCCAUUCACCAGUGGGCUAUGUACCACAACGACGAGAACUUCAGAGACCCCUUCGCAUAUCGGCCAGAGCGCUGGCUCGGUGACCCGGCCUUUGCCGGUGAUCGCAAGGUUGCUUUCCAGCCAUUCCACGUAGGACCGCGCAACUGCUUGGGUAGGAACCUUGCGUAUGUUGAGAUGCGCCUCAUCUUGGCUCGAAUCCUGUGGAACUUUGAUCUCAGUAUCGCCGAGGAGAGUUUGGACUGGAUGCGCAAACAGCGGAUUUACAACCUCUGGGAGAAAGGGAAGUUGAAUGUAUACCUGACCCCAGUCGUGAGGUAGAGCAAGGACAGUAAGGUGGUGUCACGGGACGUCAUGCUUCAUGGGACGAAUCGCGCCGGGGACUGGUCUGCGGAACAGCGGGAGAGGGACGAUGAGUUCGGCCA